AUGGUCGCUCAACAUUCUCGAGCGUGCAGGUCUCACAAACCCAGACGCAUCGAUACCCAGACUUUGAAACGCUUCCACUGCUCUCAAUUUGCUAUGGCAAUCUUCAGAAUUUAUCACACCUGUGAGCAAAAGAUUACGCCUACUGUUCGCUUUCGGGGUCUUCUCGGACGAGCGUGCAAGUCCAGUGUAAUAGAUCGUGCUAGAUGAUCCUGAUCAUUAAAGCGUCAGCAGAAGGCAUCGUUAUAAAUCGACAUAGUCCGCUCUACCUGCAGCGCGGCUGCAUUAAGUAUCGUAGACUUGUCCGCCUUGGUGUACGGGAGCAUUGCUGCAAUAAGGGCACACCAAACAAAGUCAGUUCGCUAGGUUUCCAGUGCGUGUUGUCGUUCAACCUCCAUCCACCUUCGCUACGUUUUGCUCGCAUCAUAAAUUCGUCGACAAUAGCAGUCUACGACAGCCAAGAGUCGUAUCACAGUAAAGCACGUCGCAGGGCUACCGUUUCAGCACGUCCAUUGCGUCAAAGGGUCGGUCGCUAGUGGAGUUUUCCUAUUCCAGACAAAGGCACUACUGGUCCUCCUCCUACAGUUCGCUCAUCUAUCACCACCUAUGGAGCCGAAGCGCUUUGAGGUUGACGAGGAAGAGCUCGGAUGCAAGAUCAGCAACGUGAAGCUGAGUGAAAAGUGCCGCUUGAAGGACGAAGGGAAGCCUGUUAAGGACGACGAAUCUCGUGCGGCCCAAGCCAAAUUGGACUUUGAGGUCGAAAGAGAAUGGAAGCAACUUCAGGGUGCUGGGGUUGGCAAAAUUGAGAUUGCCAACAAUUCCUGGGCAAAGAAGGUCUGCAAAGGUCUUACCAUCAACCACAUGAACAUGCGUUGUGCCGAUACGGGUCGACUGAUGUGGCAAUCGGAAGAAUGGGGUGAAGACAUCUACCGUGUAGAGCAAAAAGCGCGUCUUCCGGUGGCUAUUUUGAAGUGCUCUGCUGUAUCUCGAGAGAUUAACUUCAGCUCAGUUGAAGAAAUUACCAAGUUUCGACUGGAGCAGCGUGUGUUCCUAGCAGGAAGCUGCAUUGAAGAAUGGAUUUUCAACUUCGGUUAUGUGAUCCCGGGUUCAACUAAUACGUGGCAACAGACGAUCGAAUCCGCCGGGUCGGAAAAUAUGCUCAAUCCGGAGGUGAUGAGUGGCAAACUCACGAUUGAGACGGCCUUCUACGACGGUCAACUUUCGAUUGCCAAGACUGUCUACAGAAUAUAUUAUGUCUGA